UCUUGGAAAUUCCGAGUGAUUGAUUAAAUAUCUGACUGACUGGGCUGGCCACUGUCCCUAUAAAAGCAAGAGCUGAGCCAACACCUCAUACCAGGCACAGGAGGAACCUGCUCUGGUCUUGCCUCUGCACCUGCAGCUCAUCUCUGUCCAGAAUGAAGGUCUCCGCCCUCGGCCUCUCCAUCAUCCUUAUCUUUGCCCUCCUUUCUCAGGUGUCUCUUGCUCCAUUGGGGUCUGACACCACUAUCUGCUGCUUUGGCUACAUCCCACGGAAGCUGCCCCGGAAUCAUGUGAAGGAAUAUUUCUACACCAGCAGCAAGUGCCCUCAGCCAGCAGUUGUGUUCAUCACCCAGAAGAACCGGGAGGUCUGUGCCAACCCUGGUGCCAAGUGGGUGAAGGAAUACGUGGACAGCCUGGAGCUGCAGUGAGCCCUGGGAGCUCAGAAUUCCUGCCAGUGCACCUGGCAGAGCUUGGCACGCACCUAGAAACGCUGCUGCUGAGCACCAGCACCUGCUGAGCCACCUUGGAAGCCCUGAAGUUCCUUUUGCCUUGCAAAGGGGUCAUUUAUCCACGACAAGUCAGCCACUCUUGGGACAGCUGUGCUGCUGGGGACAUCCUGGCCUUGCAGACCAGGAGGUGG